AGGUUUUUAUUUGAUGAAGAAAGAUAGAUACUAUGUUUUUGUUUUUGUUUUUUUUCGAUUUUGAAGUUUGAAUUUUGGACUGCAAACACUUUUUUGGGCUACUUUCUUUUGAACUUUGAAGUGGCCGGCCGUCCUCCGCUUGACGCCGUCGCCACCUCUUUCCCUCUGUAGCGCGAAGGUUUCAACCUUCAAGAUAGCUUGGUAUACAACGUAUCAAGAGCUUCCCAAAUGAUUUGACAUUUGCGUUUCAAAUUUAAUCUAUUCGAAUUGCUAACAACUAUUUGAAUACAUUACUUGCACUGAAGCUGGGCAAUUGGAGUUUUGAGCAUGAAUACUUUUGGGAACUGGUUCUAAAAACUGCCUUUUGCUGCAUCAGUAAUACCUGGUUUCUUUUACGCUUAAUCGAAGAACAAGAUGACACCCCGUUUACGGAGUCCUUUCAAAUCUUCAAAACUCAAAAUACUAUCAAUGCUGAUUACGAAAGUGACAGCCUUGUUAAAUCACCCUUUAAGUAUCAAUCAAGUGAAGCAACUCCAUGCUCUUGUACUCAUCAAUGGUCUCAACCAUCUUGAGCCUCUGGUGAUCACCCAAAUAAUCUGCACACCAUCCGAUCACUCUGAAGCUACUAUCCAUUAUCUUCGGUCUCUUCUUCACCAGUCAAAGCACGAAAAUGUGAUCGCGAGAACAUCUGCAAUUCAGUUUUUCUACCAACGUGGUGAGUUUCAAGAAGCGUUGACCCAGUAUGUGCAUAUACAAAGAUCAGGUAUCUUCCCUACGACCUUCGCUGUAGCAUCUGCGCUAAAGGCAUGUACGAGGAUCGGGAAUUGGAUAGCUGGGAUCAGGAUACAUGCUCAAGUCUAUGGAUAUGGGUUCUGCGGGGAUGUCCAUGUGGGAACUGCUCUUGUGGGGCUCUAUUCGAAGCUUGAUGAUAUGGAGACUGCAAAUAAGGUAUUCGAUGAAAUGUCUCAAAGAAAUUCAGUAUCUGGUUUGAUAAACGGGUACUUAGAAUCAGGGAAUCUCUCCAUGGCUGAACAGUUGUUUUCCAAGAUGGGACGUAAAGAUAUUGCAUCUUGGGAUUCCAUGGUUUCAUGGUAUACGAGAACAGGGGAUAUGGAGAAGGCGAUAUCUGUAUUUGCACCAAUGCCAGUUAAAACGUCAUCUUCAUGGAUUUCAAUGAUCAAUGGUUAUAUAGAUUCCAAACAGGUGGAAUUUGCCCGCAACUUUUACGAUGUGAUGCCUGAACAAAGUACAAUUUCUUGCAUCAAAAUGAUCGAAGCAUACUCUAAAAACAGAGACGUUGAAUCUGCACGCGAAGUAUUCAAUGAAAUUGAUGAAAAGAAUCAGCUGCUGUACAACGCUAUGAUCACUUGUUACUCUCAAAACAACCAGCCAAAACACGCACUCCAACUGUUCGAUGAAAUGCUUCAACCAAAUGUAAACAUCCAACCAGACAAUACAACAUUGGGUAUUGUUAUUUCCAUUUGUUCUCAGUUGGGGGAGUUCAGAUUCGGAUCUUGGAUUGAUGAGACACUAAUGAAGCAAAUGAACAUCAAGAUGGAUGAUCAUUUGGGUAAUGCAUUAAUCGAAUUUUAUGCAAAAUUUGGGAGAGUUGAUAAAGCUUACAAUUUGUUUCGUGGGUUGAAAAAGAAAGAUGUGGGUGUGUAUACAACUAUGAUAUUGGCUUGUGGUAGGUAUGGAUGGAAGUAUGAUGCUAUUAAAUUGUUUGAGGAGAUGUUGGAGAAUAAUAUUUGCCCUAAUUUGGUAACUUUUUCGGGGCUUUUAACUGCAUUGAAUCAUUACAGUGGACUUGGACCUAAUGGACCUAGUCAAACCAAAUAGUUGAAAAAAAAAAACAAGAUUAUAUGGAACACCUAAGAGACCUAACUUAAUAUUAGCUAUUUCAAUUCCAAUGUUUUUUCAAUAGAAUGGAAUGUGUGUAACAUCUAAAUUUUAUGGUUUGGAAAUUACGUAUUUGGGAAUUUCUAGUUGAUAUAA